CUGGAGGCAGCACAGACAGACCAAUGAUGGCUUCAACUACAACCUGCACCAGGUUCACCGACGAGUAUCAGCUUUUCGAGGAGCUUGGAAAGGGGGCAUUCUCAGUGGUGAGAAGAUGCAUGAAAAUUCCUACAGGACAAGAAUAUGCUGCCAAAAUUAUCAACACGAAAAAGCUUUCUGCUAGGGAUCACCAGAAACUGGAAAGAGAAGCUAGAAUCUGCCGUCUUUUGAAGCACCCUAAUAUUGUACGACUUCAUGACAGCAUAUCUGAAGAAGGAUUCCAUUACUUAGUCUUUGAUUUAGUCACAGGAGGUGAGCUCUUUGAGGACAUAGUGGCAAGAGAAUAUUACAGUGAAGCAGAUGCCAGUCAUUUCAUUCAGCAGAUCCUGGAGGCUGUGCUUCACUGCCAUCAGAUUGGGGUAGUCCAUCAGGAUCUUAAGCCUGAGAACUUGCUAUUAGCUAGCAAAUCCAAGGGAGCAGCUGUGAAACUGGCAGACUUUGGCUUGGCUAUAGAAGUUCAAGGAGAUCAGCAGGCAUGGUUUGGCUUUGCUGGAACACCUGGAUACCUUUCCCCAGAAGUGUUACGAAAAGAUCCUUAUGGCAAGCCAGUGGAUAUGUGGGCAUGUGGUGUCAUUCUCUAUAUUCUCCUGGUCGGGUACCCUCCUUUCUGGGAUGAAGACCAACAUAGACUCUACCAGCAGAUCAAGGCUGGGGCAUAUGAUUUUCCAUCACCAGAGUGGGACACUGUGACUCCUGAAGCCAAAGAUCUUAUCAAUAAAAUGCUUACUAUCAAUCCUGCCAAACGCAUCACCGCAUCGGAGGCACUGAAACAUCCAUGGAUCUGUCAACGUUCUACUGUUGCUUCUAUGAUGCACAGACAGGAAACUGUAGAUUGCUUGAAGAAAUUCAAUGCCAGAAGAAAGCUGAAGGGUGCUAUUCUCACAACUAUGCUGGCUACAAGAAAUUUUUCAGCAGCCAAAAGUUUGUUGAAGAAAGCAGAUGGAGUAAAGAUCAACAGCAAAACCAACGUGGUAACCAGCCCCAAAGAAAAUAUUCCUAUCCCAGCGCUGGAGCCCCAAACUACCGUAAUCCACAACCCUGAUGGAAACAAGGAGUCUACUGAGAGUUCCAAUACAACCAUUGAGGAUGAAGAUGUGAAAGCUCGUAAGCAAGAGAUUAUCAAAGUCACUGAGCAACUUAUUGAAGCUAUAAACAAUGGAGACUUUGAAGCUUACACAAAAAUAUGUGACCCAGGUCUCACUGCCUUUGAACCUGAAGCUUUGGGUAAUUUAGUGGAAGGAAUGGACUUUCAUCGAUUCUACUUUGAAAAUGCUUUGUCCAAAAGCAAUAAGCCAGUCCAUACCAUCAUCUUGAACCCCCAUGUUCAUCUGGUAGGUGACGAUGCUGCCUGCAUAGCAUACAUCAGGCUCACACAAUAUAUGGAUGGCAGUGGGAUGCCAAAGACUAUGCAGUCAGAAGAGACACGAGUCUGGCACCGUCGUGAUGGAAAGUGGCAAAAUGUUCAUUUUCACCGAUCGGGUUCGCCAACAGUUCCCAUCAAGUAAAUAUUUCCAGGCUGUCAGCUACUUUGAUAAUAUAUCUGUGGUCAGCUCUCCAUAAUCUUCCAUUGUUUAUAGCAUGGCAUAUAUUAUAUAAUGCUGGAAGUGUUUUUGUUUUUUUGAUUUUUAAUUCCUGGAAGCAUAAAGGGUCUCACAACUCCCUGGAAAACUCAGUCAGUUCACUUAUGAACUGAAACUUGGUAUAGCAACACUGAGUAGUAGGACAGAAUAGGACCUUGAGGCUGCCCUAACAAACUGAAGAUACAAUAGAAUUAGCCAAGUUUUUCACUCUUAUGCUGUCAUAGCUGACAUACAAAGUUUGGGUGUGGAAGGAAAGAAAAGGGAGUCUCUUUAAUGACCACAGGAAACGUGGAGAUCAUUUUGUAGCUAGUUUAAAAAAAAAAAAGGAACCCCAGGAGCAAGGGGGAUUCGGGGAUUGAGUUCUGCUAGAUUGGAAGAAAGUCUUAGAAAUCAGCAUUGAUGUGACUGUAGGAAAUAGAGGUUUUCCCAUGUUCAGUUCCAUGCACACUUUUACUCCAAAUCCCAAGUCUGAUCAAUGAACUACUAAAUAGGAAUUUAUAAAUGGGGAAAAGGAAGAAGGAAGGAAGGAGGGAAGGAAGGAAGAAGAGAAGGAAGGAAAGAAAGAAGGAAGUAAAGAAGGAAGGAAGGAAGGAAGGAAGGAAGGAAGGAAGGAAGGAAGGAAGGAAGGAAGGAAGGAAAGAAGGAAGGAAGGAAGGAAGGAAGGAAGGAAGGAAGGAAGGAAGGAAGGAAGAAAGAAAGGAAGGGAAGGAGAGAGGGAGAAGGAAGGGAGAGAGGAAGGAAGGAAGGGAGAGAGGAAUGAAGGAAGGAAUGAAGGAAGGAAUAGGAAAAAAAAAAGAAAAGAAAGAAAGAGUGCUGAAUUUGAACCAGAGAAAUGAAGUUCAAAAAAGGUUAUCUGAGUUACUACCUGUGUAAUCUUAGCCAAGUCACUUAUCCUCCAUGAGCCCUCUUUUCCUUGCCUUUAAAACUGAGAGAGGUUUUAUACUAGAAUAUGUCUAAGGUAUAUUAACCUAUAGAUAUAUCUAGUACUAUAAUAUUUGUCAUGGGUAUUUGGAGUCAUAGAAGCCAAGAUUCCUCUUCUAAGAAAUAUCAGAAGAUAUUAAGUGCUAAGUGAGGUAAGUCAGGAAACUUCCAAAGAAGAGAGAGUCCCCAGAGAAGGUUUCAUGGUUCUUGAGGUGAACUUCAAAGGAUAGAUAUAAUCUGAAAACAAAAAGAGGUAAGUGAAGCAUUUCAGCCUUGAAAAGUAGCAUAAACAAAGUUAUAAGUGGAUAUAAUGCAUGGUGAGUUUGCAAAAACCCCAAAAGUCCAAUGCAGAGAUAGAAAUAAGGAUAAUUUUUAAAGGAUUAAAGAAGAUGAUUAAAAUGAAAUAAUUAUUACAUGAUCUCAUUAUUGAACGCAUAUAAUAGAGCAGCUAAAAAAGUUUAGAGAACCAAUGAUGGCACUCAAAAUCAGCCUGAAUCUAUUAUGUAUUUACCUCUAAGCAGAGAGGAGAUGGCAGGCAGAGUGUAGCAAGAAGUUCUUCAUUCCACUGCCAAUAAUCUUAUCUAUUAUUAUCUAUCUUAUUAUUUAUCCCGAAUAGCAUAUCUCAAUGACUUACUGGCAAACCAUGAUAAAUUCCCAAAGAACAUCCCAUUAGAAUAAAGGAUUUACUAAUCAUUUGAGAGCUUAGUAGGGUUACAAAUUUAAAGAGACACAAUACUAUCUAAUAGGCAAAAAUAAAAUUUUUAUGAAAGAAUUUAUGCUUAAAAGAUUCUAUGUGGUUUAAGACAGAAAGCCUCUUAAAUGGGUAAGAUUGUAUUUAAGAUGGGAAAGAGAAUGUCUUAAGAAGCACCUUUUUCAUCAAAAUUGCUGAGACAUACCUGGAAGUCGUACCUAUGGUUCUCAUGGCUCCUGAUAUGGUGUGAUUGGAGUUGAUUGAUGACCAGCUACACUAUGAGUAAUGUGUGGUCAUGCAAGAUGAUUGAAUUUGAAGCUCAGAGACCAAGGUUUGAAUCAGCCCUUGUGACUUGACCUUGGAUAAAUCACUCACUUCUUCUUUCUUGAUCUCUUUCCUCAUUCAUAAACUAGGAUUGAACAAUAUGACCUCUUACAGCUUUAACCCUUAUUCUCUUAUAAAGAUAUUUUUCCCUGCAUUACUUCCAAUAAAGAAUAUAUAGGGCCCUUCAAAAAUACCACAAACCAUGGCAGAUUUGCCUGAGUUCUUAAAAGGAGCAUCUAGCUUGUGAAAUUUACUUUAAUGUUACCAUGAGACACUAAGAAGGAACCAUCUUCAUUGUAAACUUGGGUCACAGUGUAAUCUAAACUUCUGUUCUGGAUUAUAAUUAGACAAUUCUCAACUAACUGUACCAAUAAAAGAACAUAGGGUGAAACUAAGAGAGUGGGGGAAAAAAAAAAAAAGAAAUCAUCCAAAAUUUAAAAUUAGGCUUUAGAAAGUAUUAAUUUCAGAAUACUCUUCAAAUUAACCUAAAAAAACUUGUAUUCAGUAGUCCUUUGUGCCAGGGACUGUGCUAGGAACCAGGAAUUACCAGGGCAAAAAAAGUUAAAAGUCUAUGACCUCAAAAAGUUGGCAUUUUAUAUUCUUCUUUACUGGCUUUCUGAUGCUUUGUCUAGGUUAAUUUUUCAAGAUGGCUUCUUUAUAUAAUUCCAUACAUUAAAGAGGAGGCCCAGUGAUGUUAGGCCUCAUAAUCAUAGGAUUAAAGACAGUUUGUGGAUGUCUAUAGAGAAAAAAAUCCUAAAGGAUAAUUAAACAUUCACUAGAAUGAAAUUCGUGACAGUCAUUUUACUCUGUUAGACUCAUUUGCUUUUGAAAUGUGAGUAAGUUUCAAAUUUUUGCAGGGAGAUCCAUUGCUACAUAAAUGACCAUCUGAUGUGUAUCUAACAUAGUAGAAUAAUCUUUAUAGGAAAACAUAGCCUUAGCUCAGUGUGAGACAGGACCUCUCAUGAAGUUUUUGAAAAUCCCUUGUUUUUUCCACUCCUGAGAACAUGAUUUUGUGUUCAUGUCAAAUUGUUGCCUUGGUAAACAGAGAAAGGUAUUUUUCUCGGACUUUCCUGGAAGGACUUACAACUUUUGACCAAAAGAAUGCAUCAGUUACACAUAUGUGGGAUGUCUCCUUACUCAUUUAUUUGGUUGAGGAAAUGCCUUUCUUUAAAAAAAGAAAAAAAAUUUUCUAUCUGCUCUGUAAUUUAGGUCUUUUUGAAUAGAAUGAUAAUCACACCCGAUUUCUCAUUUAAUAUCUUCUCUGUUUAACAUUAUCAAUUUUUCUUUAUAACAUCAGGUUAUAUAGAGUCUCACUUUCACCCCUUUCCCCCCACUUGCGUAUAUCAUCUCCUACAGUAAAAGUUAAAAUGCCUUAGUCUCCUCUAUGGCAUAGUAAGUAACAGGAUUUUGAUAAACAACAAUAUAAUUUGUUUUUCCCCCUUUUUCCUUUCAGCUAAAAAUGAACAAUGCCACUUCUGCAUUCUCUGUUUUCAAGGCACCUGGAUGGUAACCACCCAGGUGGGCCUGUGUUCCUCUUCAUGCAUGUUUCCAAAUGCAUGAAGCUGUGAUGGUCAUAUCUGUAACAAUGCAUUUGUAAUGCAUCAUUUUGUCAUGAUAUUCCAUCUCAAUGUUUUGUUUGCCCUCUAUUGAAGGAGAUGUUCCAUGCAAAUUAAAACCAAUGUCAGCAAACAAGGGGAGGGAAGGUGAGGGAAGAGAGAGAAAACACCACAACCACAUGAUCCAAGCAAACAGCAAGCAUCAUUUUUCUGUUUAUGCCAAUUUCUAAAAGCCUUCAGGGUUGUCAUUCUCGAAAUGAUAGUUUGUAAAAGAAAUAUUCAUCAAAAAAAAAAAAACUAUGCCAUAUCUAUCUAUUUCAGUUUAAGAAAAAUUAAAAGCAAAAAAUUCAAUUUUCUAUUGUGGUCAUCAUUGAAAUGAAUGUUAUUUUUGUCAGUGGCUUUGAAUUGUGACAAUAUAUGGACAAAAUCAGUGAUGAAUGUGGAAACAAAAAUGUGCUGGCUGAGUAUCAUUCCAAGCCAUCUUAGUUCUUGAUCAAGCUGUGUAAACUGGAAAAGCUCAACUCACUGACUUGAUCUUUCUAGGAAAUGCUUCUCUUCUUCUGCUUAAUCAGCUUUGUUUGUUGCUUCUUCCUCAAGUCUGUACCCUUCGAUCUCAUUUCCUCUAGGCUAAGAAUUUGUAGUUAGUGAGAAAAAAUCUAAAGGCACCAUGAGGGAAAAAUAGGGAUUUAAUGAAAGAGAGAAAAUGCAGACAGCUUUUGAGUACUUUCAGGGUGUACAGAAUUUUAUUAAAGAAUCUUAGAUUUUUUAACAGUA